GUUCCCGUGUACUACAGAGCUUCUAUUCGAAAGAUACAGAAGCAUGCCCUGCAAAGUUUAUGUAUAUUGGUUUGAAAUCAAAUUAUGCUCGCUUUGAAAACGACUCUCUACUUCUCCUCCUUUUUCUGCAUUCAAUUCCACUUUUUGUCUUUGGCCUACCUCCCCGUACAAAUAUAUAUACAUAUAUACAAAUAUAGAUAUAUAUAUAUAUACACACACACACACAAACAAUUUUCACAUAUAAUUUUCAUUCAUCUAUGAGUGUUAGUUAUAUGGUAGUUUUACUUAUAUAAUAUUACUUUCUCUCUUUGCCUUCUCCGCCCUCUCUGUAAUUUAUAUGCAUAAUAUAUGUAUAUAUAUACAUAUAGAGAGAGAGAGAGAGAGACAGACAGACAGAGAGAGAGAUUCUAGACUCUAUAUAUAUAGAUAUAUAUAUUGGCUGUCUAUAUUUAUAUAUCCAUAUCUUCAUCUUCAGCUUUCUAUUGUAGCCAAAACUAAAAACAUGGGGUUCUUCAAGACAGAGAGCAUGGUUUAUAAACCAGUGAAGGAAGUUGAUUUAGGCCCUGAAAGCUCUGAAUUCUAUCUGCGAGCCAAUGUCAAAGCUCCUCGCAUGGCUGGAAUUCUGGUGAAAGUUUUUGCUUGGUUUUUGGAGUCAAGGAUCUUUGGGACCUUGUUAUUGUACAUAUUGAAGGGAAAUAAUUUGAUUCAUAAGCUUAUUAGAGAUGCAGAGCUGGAAGAACCACCUAUCUACACUCCUUUACAUCCGUUUGAAGACCUGAAAGAACAAGAUGUAAAAUGCAUAGAAUCCGAUUUGUCUGGACCUGAACAAGUUCGACUAGCAAUUGAUUGUCUGCCUGUCUCCUUGGAAAAACCUUUGAAUGGUUCAAACCUUCCUUUCUAUCGAUGGACAAUAUCAGAUUAUUCGAAGGCCUAUAGCAGUGGAGAAAUAACUCCUCUAGUGGUUGCAGAGAGAUUUAUAGCUGCUGUCCAUGAAUCUUCAAGUCCACCAUUGCAGAUGUCAUUCUUCAUUAACUACACUGCCGAAGAUAUUCUAAGUCAAGCGAAAGAAUCAACAUUGCGCUAUGAGAAAGGAGCACCUAUUUCUGUUCUAGAUGGAGUCCCAAUUGCUAUCAAGGAUGAAAUAGAUUGCAUGCCUUAUCCAACUACAGGGGGUACAAAGUGGCUGCACAAACAAAGACCUUGCACAGAUGAUGCAUCCUGUGUCAAGCGCCUCAGAUUAUGUGGUGCCAUUCUGGUUGGAAAAACCAAUAUGCAUGAACUUGGGGCUGGAACAAGUGGGAUAAAUCCCCACUACGGGGCUGCUAGAAAUCCAUAUGAUCCCAGCAGAAUCACUGGAGGUUCGUCGAGUGGAUCUGCAGCAUUGGUGGCUGCAGGGUUAUGCCCUGCUGCUCUUGGUGUUGAUGGAGGAGGAUCUGUGAGAAUACCAGCAUCUCUUUGUGGUGUUGUUGGUUUAAAACCAACCUUUGGGCGCAUACCUCAUUCUGGAGUUCUUCCUCUGAAUUGGACAGUUGGGAUGGUUGGGAUACUGGCAGGCAGCAUUGAGGAUGCCUUUAUUGUUUAUGCAGCCAUGAGUGGUGAAUCUCCAUUUCAUCAAUCCAGUAUGUUGCCCAAACUAAAUCUUCCAAAGUUGAACGGAACAACACCGGUUAACAUCAAAUUGGCAAAGUCUGUGGAGUGGUUUAAUGAUUGUAGUGAUGACAUCAGAACAUGCUGUGAUGAUGCCCUGCAAAAGCUUCACAAGCACCAUGGUUGGAAGACAGUAGAGGUGACCAUUCCAGAGAUAGAGGUGAUGCGCCUGGCUCACUACUUAACCAUUGGAUCUGAGUGCAGCACUUCACUUAGCUCUUAUCUGCAAAAGCUGAAUUUCGCAGAAUUAGGAUGGGAUGCAAGAGUAGCACUAGCUGUUUAUGGUGCCUUCAGCGGCAAGGAAUACAUAAAAGCUCAGCAAAUUAGGAACCGACAGAUGCAGUUUCAUAAGAAGAUAUUUGCCCAGGCAGAUGUCAUUGUUGCACCAACAACAGGAGUAACAGCCUACUCAAUUUUAGAUGAUGCUCUCAACACUGGUGAACUUGACUACGUAAAUGGAGCUGCACUUGUUCGGUAUUCAAUAUCAGGAAACUUCUUGGGAUUUCCAGCGGUGACUGUUCCGGUUGGAUAUGACAAAUCAGGUUUGCCAAUUGGUCUUCAGUUCAUCGGUAGGCCAUGGACUGAGGCGACAUUAAUUCACAUAGCAUUCGCAAUGCAGGCACUUUGUACCUCAGUCUACAAAAAGCCAGAGGUUUUCUAUGAUCUACUCAAAAACAACUAAAAUGCACAAGGAAAUUUUCUGAUAUUACACAUCAGAAAUGUUUUCGAACUACUGAAAUGGAACAAGGACCCAUAUGAUCUCCAUGUUUUUAGGCUUUGUUUUUCCAGGAAUAGCAAGGGGAAGAAGAUUGAAUUGAAAUCAUUAUUGUACAUGCUAUUAUGGUAAAAGAUUUUGCUUCUAAGAAGUGACUGAAAGCGCAUUAAUAUCAGUAGAGGAACUACUUGCUUGUUUUUGUUCA